AUGGAUCCACACCAUGGGCAAGAUGUGUCCGCAGUCUCUGAGGGCAAGGAUUCCAUUCCAGAUCAAGCUUCCUCAAAAGAUGUUUUACUCUCAGGCACACCAUAUACGACAAUUACACAAGCCAAGCCUCUGGACGAUGACGAUGAGGACAUCAACGCUCUCAUCGAGAGUCUCGAAUCGGAUACGGAGGUCGAGCUAGAGGAGCGUCAAGUUAGCAACACCCACGAGCCUCGUCCCAUCCCUGAGGAAAUCCUCCAAACAGAUCCAAGUACUGGUCUCAGUCAGGAGGAGGCCAUAGCUCGUCGGAAGAAGUACGGUUUCAACAAACUGAAAGAAGAAAAGAAGAACCUGUAUCUCCAGUUCUUGUCCUAUUUUCUUGGACCAGUGCAGUUCGUCAUGGAGGCCGCGGCAAUCCUAGCCGCCGGGCUUCAGGAUUGGGUUGAUUUCGGCGUUAUCUGUGCCCUCCUUCUGCUCAACGCCUCAGUUGGAUUCAUCCAAGAGUUUCAGGCUGGAUCAAUUGUGGAGGAUCUGAAAAAGACCCUAGCCCUAACUGCCGACGUCUUUCGUGACUCUCAUCUAGUGGAGAUCAACGCCUCGGAGGUGGUGCCAGGGGAUAUAGUGAAGAUUGAGGAGGGAACUAUAAUUCCUGCUGAUGGACGCCUGUUGUCUUGCGGUUCUCUUCAAAUAGACCAGUCUAGCAUCACGGGCGAGUCUCUAGCAGUGGACAAGCACACGGACGACACCUGCUACGCCUCCUCAGCCGUCAAGCGCGGGAAUGGAUGGCUCAUUGUCACAGCCACCGGAGACUACACAUUCGUGGGUCGCUCCGCGGCUCUGGCGAAUGCUGCUUCCUCUGGCACAGGUCACUUUACCGAGGUCCUCAAUGGCAUCAGCGUUGUCUUAUUGGUCCUUGUCAUAAUGACUCUCCUCGUGGUAUGGGUCUCUUCAUAUUAUCGGUCCAAUGACAUUGUCACCAUCUUGGAGUUCACUCUGGCUAUCACCAUCAUAGGCGUGCCUGUCGGUCUUCCCGCCGUCGUCACCACUACGAUGGCCGUCGGCGCGGCGUACCUAGCCAAGAAAGGUGCUAUUGUUCAAAGACUAUCAGCUAUCGAAUCACUUGCAGGCGUUGAAAUACUUUGUACCGACAAGACGGGCACAUUGACGUGGAAUCGGCUAGAGCUCUUUGAGCCCUACACCGUCGCUGGGGUCGAUCGUGAUGAUCUCAUGUUGACUGCCUGUUUGGCGGCUUCAAGGAAGAGAAAUGGCAUGGAUCCUGUGGACAGAGCUUUCUUCAAAUCGCUUAUUCGCUAUCCUAAGGCUAUGGCUGCGUUUGGGGAGUAUAAGACUCUUCAGUUUUUCCCAUUCGAUCCGGUCUCUAAGAAGGUCACCGCUAUUGUGCAAUCACUGGAUGGGGCGAAAAUCAUAUGUGUGAAGGGCGCGCCUCUAUUUGUCCUGAAGACUGUGGAAAACGACCACCCUAUUCCCGAGGAGUGUGAAAGUUCUUAUAAAGCAAAGGUGGCCGAAUUUGCACGCCGUGGCUUUCGGUCCUUUGGAGUUGCCCGCAAACGUGAUGGUAACGAUUGGGAGAUACUUGGUAUUGUGCCAUGUGCUGAUGCGUUGAGAGACGACACCGCAAUGACCAUCAAUGAAGCCAAAAAUCUCGGCUUAUCGAUCAAGAUGCUCACCGGUGAUGCAGUCGGUAUUGCCAAAGAAACCCUUCGACAGCUGGGAUUGAGUACGAAUGUUUAUGACGCAGAAGGUCUUGGCCUGGGAGGAACGGGCACGAUGCCAGGAUCUGAGGUAUAUGACUUCGUUGAAGGAGCGGACGGCUUUGCAGAGGUGUUCCCGCAGCACAAAUACAAUGUCGUCGACAUUCUUCAACAACGAGGAUACUUGGUUGCCAUGACCGGAGACGGAGUCAACGAUGCUCCAUCCCUCAAAAAGGCAGACGCCGGAAUUGCAGUCUCAGGAUCCUCAGACGCCGCUCGCACGGCCGCUGAUAUUGUCUUCAUCGCGCCGGGCAUAUCAAACAUCAUCAACGCCCUGAAAACAUCACGCCAAAUAUUCCACCGAAUGCAUGCAUAUGUUAUUUACCGAAUUGCCCUGUCGCUACAUUUGGAGAUAUUCCUAGGGCUCUGGAUCGCCACCAUGAACAAGAGUUUGAACCUACAGCUGGUGGUCUUCAUUGCGAUCUUCGCAGAUAUCGCCACCUUAGCCAUUGCCUACGAUAACGCGCCUUACUCAAAGAAUCCCGAAAAGUGGAAUCUACCCAAACUGUGGGGAAUGGCCGUCAUCCUUGGACUUAUCCUCGCCGUUGGGACCUGGGUGACGCUGACUACCAUGAUCUCUGGCGGAGAGCAUGGUGGGAUUGUACAGAACUUCGGACAACGCGACGAGAUUCUGUUCCUGGAAAUUUCCCUCACCGAAAAUUGGCUGAUUUUCAUAACGCGAGCCAAAGGGCCGUUUUGGUCAUCGAAGCCUUCCUGGCAGCUUGCGGGUGCGGUAUUUGUCGUGGAUCUCGUAGCGACAUUUUUCUGCCUGUUUGGUUGGUUCGUUGGUGGUCAAACCUCUAUUGUAACGGUCAUUCGCACGUGGGUUUUCUCCAUAGGAAUCUUCUGCGUCAUGGCAGGUGUUUACUACCUACUGGAGGGCUCCGAAACGUUCGACGACCUGAUGCAUUGGCGUAAGAGGCGUCGCAGACGAGCAACCCCGAGGGACUUGGAAGACUUCAUUGUUACAAUGCAACGGACUUCCAAGCAACACGAGGCAAAGUCGAUGGAGGUGGAAUCUAGCGUCAACCGCUAA